GUCUCACUUCCACUCGUCUGGCCGCUAGCCACUUGUCCGAUGUGUUACUGACUGUCGCUUGGUCCUUCCGUCCGCUCUAGGCACCCCGACCACGCCAAUGUCGCUGUCCCGCAGUCCCUCUCCCGUCCCCGGUGGUGGCUGGGCGAGUCCAGGCCUUACAAACAACCUCAGCCCGAGCGGUCGAUCGAGUCCUACCAAGGCUUACGCCGGAUCCAACGGGACGCCCGUCAUGUGGGAAAGGCAAAAAAGCAUGGGCGGCCCCGCAUACCAGUCCUUCUCGACACAGAAUCAGGGCUUCUUUAGCCGCCACAUGCGUCGGAUAUCAAGUCAGCUGCCUCGAUUCAAGGCCGACAACACCCAUGGCGCUGAGAGAGAGAAGAUUGGCCAAGGUCGAUGGUCCGGCCUGAACAUGCUGCGACUCGGCAGGAUACGAGGCAUCACGGGGAGGAUGAGCAGGAGGACCAAGAUGCUGCUAGCCUUUUUCCUCCUGUUCCUGCUAGGAUACAUCAUCUUUUACAGCACUCCUCUGGUAUACUACUACCGAAGAACAUCAUGGCUUGGUGGGGGUCAAAAAUUCGUCAUCAUUUUGGCUGCCAACGUCGGCGGUGGUGUCAUGGAGUGGAAGGGCGCCAGGGAAUGGGCCAUCGAGAGGGACUCGAUCCGCAACAAGAAGAAAUACGUUGCCAAGUGGGGAUACGAUCUCGAGAUUGUCGACAUGAGCACCAAGAAACGCUAUGCCCAUGAAUGGCGCGAGAGCUGGGAGAAGGUCGAUUUCGUCCGCUCUACACUGAGAAAGUAUCCCAAGGCAGAAUGGGUUUGGUGGCUCGAUCUCAACACCUUCAUCAUGGAGCCAUCCAAGUCUCUACAGGACCAUAUCUUCGACCGCAUCGAGGAUGUCACCUACCGUGAUAUCACCGAGUACAAUCCCUUGAACAUUUCUCACCCCCCAGCCGACCCUUACCUCGACGAACUCUCGAAAAGCCCGAUUGGAGAUGGCAACCCGAACUCGAUCCACCUCAUGUUGUCGCAGGACUGCUCCGGAUUCAACUUGGGUUCCUUCUUCAUGCGCCGCGGCACUUGGACGGACCAUCUGCUUGACGUUUGGUGGGAUCCUGUUGCAUAUGAACAGAAGCACAUGGAGUGGGAACACAAGGAGCAAGAUGCUUUGGAGCAGCUUUACAUUGCGCAACCCUGGAUUCGCAAGAGCACGGCCUUCCUCCCGCAGCGCAUGAUCAACAGUUUCCCUACAGGCGCCUGCUCCGAAAAGGGCACUGACCCGCGCAUACACUACGAUCAGAAGGAUCGGGAUUUCUUGGUCAACAUGGCCGGUUGCGAAUGGGGCCGCGACUGUUGGGGCGAGAUGUACAACUUCCGCGAACUGAGCUAUUACCUCAACCGGUCGUUGUGGGAACGCUUUAAGGAGGACCUCCUUUGCGGGAUCUGGUUCAAGCUUACCGGCAAGAAGGUCAAGUUUUAAGACACAUCACCUACAGUCUUGAAACCCUGAUGCGAACGACACGACACUCACGACGUUUCUAUUCGAUCGCUGGAAGUUAAGGUCGUGUUGAGCACCCCACGGUACGCCGCCAGCAACUAGAGGUGGUUUGGCCGAUAAAUGGCAACACUACGUCCAUAAUCAAGUUACUUCCUACGUUG